UACGCAUUAUUCUCCCUCCUUAUAUACUCAUUAGCCUCGUUAAACUUCACACCCGCGCUCACUCUUUACAAUUCCUCCCAGUUACUACUUACCUCCGUGCCUUUAGCCAGUCGGUUAGCUGCUACGUGAUAAGAAAUGUGGCAGUUUCUCUCGAGGAGACCGAUUUAAAGAUGGCCGCGCCGCGGUCGCUCGAUCACUGUGUCGCGUUAAUCUCGGCGUAUCCUUCAGGAUCGUAGAGCUUGUCUGAGCUCUCACGUUGAGCAGUUAAGAGUGUUGAUUCGGUACGCGUACGAUCGGGGUGAUGAUCUAACGUUUCGUUGCGCGAUCAUGAAUUGCCAUCAGAUACUGAGCGGCGCCUGCAAUGCGGGCGAUCGUUGCUACGCCGUUGGCUCUGUUGAGGGAAUUUCCUUCACGGCAUACGCAGCUGGCUGUAACAUUGUGAUCUUGGCUAACAAUUUCGAACGAGUGCAGAUAAUUCCUGGAGCUGUACACAAUUACAUCAGAAUUAGUUGUCUAGACUGCAGUACAGAUACAGGAAAAAUAGCUGCGGCAUAUGAAAAUCAAGUCUGCAUCUUUGAGCCAACACCACUUAUACACAGCACCUGUUCACAUCAAUUGGAGUACAGAUGGGUUCAGACAGGAAGUUUGCAGACAGAAUCAAAUAUCACGUCUUUGUCAUGGAAUUUAGAAGGAACAAGAUUGCUAACAGGUGGCGAGUUGCUACAAUUAUGGCAUCAGAAUAUUAUGCCAUUUCAGGAAGAACACACGCUGUUACCCACAGCUACAAAACCAAAAACAAUACAAACAGAGGAAGCCAGUACGACUGGAAGCAAUCAUAAUGUUACAGCCAAUACUUCUCAGGAUCCUGGUGCGGUGAAAUUUUCAAUCGGAGGAGAAGCUGAGAGUCCUGGGCCUGGAGACAUGUCCAGCACAAAUGAUCUGGGUGGAUGGAAUUGUGUAUGGAAGUGUCGUACGGCUACGCCGGUCCAUCUUAUGAGCUUCAGUCCUGACGGCACCUUAUUUGCUACUACAGGAGUGAAUGAUAGAUUGGUUAAGAUCUGGUUUGAAAACAAGCAAUUGUUUCCAGGAAGAAGCAUGGAUCAUGCAAGUUUUUCUCAGGCAGUGGGCAGUGACAAUUAUAGUUUUGUUUAUGUGGCACAUCCCCGCGCAGUGACGCAUCUUUCUUGGCGCAAGACAAGUAAAUAUAUGCCAAAGGGCUCCGUGUCCAAUAUGUUGGUUACCUCAUGUCGUGACAAUAUCUGUCGCGUGUGGGCCGAGACAAUACCGCCUGAAAUUGAAGGUCUGGCUAACAUGAGCCAGUUUGAAGGCUCUGACAGGCACGGUCAUCAUGGCAAACAUCGUCAUCACAAUAUGCACAAACACCGGUUUAUGCAACGUCUCAAACACAUGAAGACAUGCUUUCACAUUCGACGACACGCUAAGCAGCAACAUCAAGCCGGUCAUACAGCGCCGACUUUACCAACGCUUCCAUCUACAUAUUCUGUGCACGAUUUUCAUAAUAAUUAUCAAACUUCCGGUCAUUAUCCGGGAAUGCAUUUCCAUUUAGCAGCCAGUAUCAACGCAGAAACUGAUAUACCGCUAGUACCAAGCCUAAUUACCGGAGACCCCGAAAGAGAACCGAAUUUUAUCUUACACUGGCUAAAUAACAAGGAAAUGCACUUCACCAUGCAGGCCGAAAACAUAUUGCAGGAAUUGACGCGUAAAGUAGUAGAGAAAGAGGAGGGUUUGCAACAUCAAGAUGCUGAACAUACGGAACAUGAUUCCGAGGACGAAUGUACACCAAAAAAAGGUGUUCGGCUGCAAACAGUUCAGAAAGCAGUGGUCGGUGGUCGCUCAAUGAGCCAAGAGGAUCAUAGUAGUGAUGAACAUCAUACCGCGCAUACUACCUCGUCUCAUCACAGUUUAGCACACAGUGCACACUCUCACCCGAGCCUCAGCAAUACAACCUCCAUUAACUCCAUAGCGACAGACGCGACAUCCACGAUGAAUCACGCGCCGGAUUCAUUGGACACGAAAAUCGAAACGUUGCUACGCGAUUGGCAUCACAAUCCAGACUUGCUGUUCUCGAUACAUCCGAUAGACGGAAGCUUCCUGAUCUGGCAUAUUGAAUGGUUGGACGAGUAUCAUCCUGGAUCUUUCCGACAAGCGCAGAUCUCAUUCUCCACUCGUAUACCGAACGCAUUCCCGCUCGGCGAUGCGUCAACAAUGAGCCACAACGUAUCGAUGUAUUCUCACAAUACCGGUGGACCUUUGCUGAAUAUUCGUGAGGUCGCUAAGUCCUCAACGAAGACGACCGAACCGAGCGAGAUAGCGACACCUUUACCUAGUCUCAUGGAACAAGACGAGGAGCAGUCCACCCUGACGUCGAGAGCUGGUCAGGAAUUACUAAAGAAUAUCGAAAGUACGAACGAUCAGAGCCAAGCGGCUAUGAAAGCGGAAUCUAGCGCGCUGGAGAGCAAUAAAAAUGGCCAUGAUACGGACUUAUUGACCCACCCUAGUCCGAUCGUUUCCAUGGUGUCGAAGCAUUCGAACGGCACAUUGAACUUGUGGCAGUUGACGUUUGCGGAUAAAACGAAAUUUUCGCAGGUAUUGAGUAUAGGCCACGCGUGUAGGGCUUCUGGGCACCGCUUCCGCGUGAACGAUAUUACUUGCCAUCCCGUUUUGCCUCUGCUCGUAACAACCUCCCAUCACAACAUACCCGAGUUUUCCGGCGCUCAGUCCGCGGAAUCGAGCGAAAACGUUAGUAUCAAGCAGGACGCUUGCAAGGGCAAAGAUAUCAUGUCGCCUACCGGCUUCUGCAGCGAGCUGAUUUUGUGGCGAGUAGACGCUGUGGGGCCGUUGUCGAAGAGCGGCGGGGUUUCCGAAUUGGCGCGUAUCAAUUCACCCGAGAUAUCGGCGUUCAGUAACGUAGCCUGGAUUCCGACGUUGUUGCCGAGCACGACGCUGGGUAACUUGUCCAACUCGCCCAGCGCCUGCUUCGUAGCGAGCGACGGAGAGUGUCUGAGAGUGUAUCAAGCGGUGAUCGAUGCCAGAACACUGCUGGCGGAAGUGUCGAUCAGCGAGAGGAGAAGCAGGAUGAUGGACUCAAUGGCCAGUCUAUCGACGGACAUGUCGUCAGACGACGGUGUCAGACACUCGAUUCACGACAGGAUAAAGAUAGUGUCUCAGCAAUCGACAGCGAGGCCAGGAUGUGUCAUACAAUUGGACGCUAUUGCCGACGCCACUCACGAUUGGCAGAACACACAGUUCCUGCACGUAUUUCAGGAACAAUUGAUCACGGGCGAGAGAAGCGACGAGAAACCGCCCGGUUUCGACACGUCGUCCAACGACUUGGGACUUAUGGAGUCCACGUUGGACGCCAUGGUGGAUCUGCAGCAAUCGGCGAUCUUCGAAGAGCCGUUCUACAUAGUUGUGCUAGAACGUACGCAGCAGGGCACCACCGUGCACAUGUGGAGAUUGCUAAUAGCCUCGCAACCCGAAACCAGCGGAUUAUCGGGUUCGAUGAUGUACGUCCCGGACUCGCAUUUGGUGCAGGACGAGGACGAGGAGGGUACACCGGGUAGAUCGAGUCACGCGGAAGGCAGAAGAUCACGCAGACCUAGUCAGACGAGGAGUCGUCGCGAGAGUCAGGCCGACUUGGACUCAACGUUUCUGCAUCGUCGCCACCAGAACAGUCACGUUCUGAUCACGACCACGAAGGUAUGCACUCAGGAAUUGCCGUUGCCCGACGGAGUGGAAGUGAUCCACGCUGCCCCGGCCGCCGGCCACCUGAGCAGCUCUUCGAUAUAUCCCGCCUGCUUCGCGCCGUACAUCAUCGUAACGGCGUGCAGCGACAGCACCGUGCGCUUCUGGAAGUGCAAAGUGACGAAAAGACCGGACUACGACAGACUGGAUUACGAGUGGUGCGAGUGGGAAAUGACGAGGAAGGAUCAGGAGUCGACGAUCGAUAUCACUGGUCAGCCGUUGAACAUCAGCGCGGCUUAUAGCGGACGCAUCGCCUGCGCAUACAAGUACGGCAAGUCGUUCACGCGUCCCACGAAGAGCGACCCGGACUCGCGUUACGUGAACCUCUGCGUCGCCAUAUACGAAUGCGAAAGCACAGGUGGCAGCGAGUGGAUCCUAGAGGACACGAUUCAUCUGAAGAAUAUCCACCUGCCGCGAAUACCGGUGGAUCAACACUUGGACCUUAGUUAUCUAUACGACAGCAGGUUCCUGCAGAAGAAACAGAGGCUCACUCAGGUACUGCAGACUCUCAGUCACGAGGACAUCAGGUCCUCGAGGAACGGGGAGAACGGAGACUCCACGGCGAAAGCGAACGCCGGUCUGUUGGCGGUGCCGUCGUUCAGCACGCUGCAAUCCUUGCGCAAGUCAAUCAUCGAGAAUGGCAAUACCUGUCCGCUCACUCAGAAGCACCUGGUGCAGCUCGACUGGGUGUCCAAGGAGGACGGCUCGCACAUCCUGACCGUGGGCGUCGGCUCGAAGAUCAUGCUGUUCACUCCGGUGUGCUCCGACCUGGCGCAGGCCAACAUGAAGGCCAUGAAGGAAUCGCAGAGCAACAACAGGCCGAUACUGAGAAAAACUUCAUCGCUGGCGCAGCCGCAGUUCGUCGACGAAAUCCGAUGGAUGAAGCUGCGUAAGAUCGAGCUGACGACGGCGGACGGCCUGCCGCCGCUGCCUAUGCAGAUCUCCUGGGUGCGAGACGGCAUUCUCGUCGUCGGCAUGGACUCUGAGAUGCACGUAUACUCGCAGUGGAAGCCGAAUCCGAAGAACGACUGCUUCCACUCCAAUCUACAGCAUCAGGAAUCAGACGAGUUUCAGGCGAGUCGGAACCUGCGCGACGAGGAUCUGCGAACGUUGGCACACGAGACGUCCCAGAGGCGACUAGCGAACGUGUCCUCCAUGCCACACCUGUCGCGUGUUAGCAGCAUCAAUCUGACCAUGUUGGACGCGAAGAAGAAGCGCGGUAUGCAGAACGAGAACCUGAGCUUCGAUUAUAUGCCCGAUUAUGGAUUGUUCGAGGCGUCGAGAAUAGCCUGUCCCGUUUUGCCGCAGUAUCAUCCUAAGCAGCUGAUGGAACUGUUGAAUUCAGGCAAGAUCAGGUGGGUUAAGGCUAUAUUGGCUCAUCUAGUCAGAUGUAUCGGUAGUUCCUGCUCCCUGCGCGUCGACGACGAAAGUCUAGUGAAACAGCGCAGCGGAUGGUCGCGAUCGAGAACAAUGUCGGUGAGUUAUGCGGGCACAACCUCGCCGCUUGAACCUAGAGGCUCGACAACGCAGAUACCGGAGGAGUUGACUCUGGACUACGCUGAAAUCACUUCCAUUUCGCCGCUUCCGUUAUGGACUCUGCUGAUGGCCGACAAGGAGACCAGUCUGCCGCAUCAGCAAAACGAGGACAAGCAUGACUAUAACGAACUGUUCGACAGUAAUCUGGACGAGGGAGAUUCGCUGGACGAUAUGCUGGACGAAGAUUACGAGUGCUCGCGGCAGAAGGACAGGCGGUCGUCGGUACCGGAGAGACAAGGCAUAUCUCAUUUCGGACCUAGGCAAGGCAGGCUACUCUCGCGCCUCUUGACUCAUACUCAUCUGCCGGGUUUGUCCAGUCUCGAUCAGAUGCAUCUUCUCGCAUUGGCGGACACCGUCUCGACUUGUAACGUCGAUUUCGCGGAGAGAUUCGCGAUCGACGCGGCGAAGAACGCAAUCGCCAAGGAAAAUCUGACUGGCAUCCCGGACGGCGAGGCUGUGUCGACCGAUUCACUGGACGACUGUGGUCUCAGGUUCCUCUUAGCGAUGAAACACUAUAAUUAUCUCAUACGUUGCCUACCGCUGGUGCAGAGAGCGCAAUUCCAGAAGCAGGGCAUCGCAUCAAAUAAUCUCGUGUGGGCGUUCCAUUCCGAGUCCGAAGAGGAGCUGCUGGGAUUAAUUCCUUCGUACGCCAAAGGUCAACCAAAGUGGUCCGUGUUGAAAGAGCUCGGCGUAGGUUGGUGGAUCAGAAGCAAUACUGUGCUGAAGAAGUGCGUGGAGAAGAUAGCGAAAGCCGCAUUUCAGCACAAGCAGGAUCCUUUAGACGCAGCUGUUUACUACUUGGCGAUGAAGAAGAAGAACCUAGUGUGGGGUUUAUUCAGAAACCAACGCGACGAGCGAAUGACUACCUUCUUCGCGAAUAACUUCGCCGAAGAUCGAUGGAGAAAGGCCGCUCUGAAGAACGCCUUUGCUCUGCUUGGGAAGCAACGAUUUGAGCACGCGGCGGCGUUCUUCUUGUUAGCCGGAGCGCUGAAGGACGCUAUCGACGUAUGCUUGAAUAAACUGAACGACAUUCAGCUGGCGAUGGUGAUAGCUAGACUCUACGAAAACGACACGUCGUCUCCCAACAUGAGAAGAUUGCUGUACGAGGAGAUCUUAGGCUGUGACAAAGAAGGACAGAAUCAGGACAUGAGCAGAAUACAUCCCGAUCCCUUUUUGCGAAGUAUGGCUUUGUGGAUCUUGAAGGACUAUUCUGGUUCUCUCAAUACUUUGCUUCUCACCAACGUCGGUCAUAUGCAUCCGCAGUACAACGACGAGUCUGACAAGCCGGAGGGAACAACCGCGAAUCCAAAUGUCUUCAAUUUUUACGUUUAUCUCCGCACGCAUCCGCUGUUGAUUAGGCAAUAUAUCGCCUCCACGGCGCAAGAUAAGAAGAAAGGACACUCGGUAGUAAUUUCAGGUUUCAGUUACGGCACGGAAACGAAGAGUCAACCAGACAAACAGCUGAUGUUGGAAGACACUAUUACGCCGUUGGAGAGGCAAUUAUAUUUCACGACUGCACACGCACAUUUUAAGGCUGGCUGUCCAGCCCUCGCACUUGAAGUUUUGUCCAAAUUACCCAAUAAAGUUAUGGAUACGAAUGGUGAAGAUUCCCCCAGCUUAUUAAAUAGUCCGAAUAAGACCAGAGCACAAGAUGUUCAAAUAGAUACGGGUAUUAUUAAUUGGGGAAAUGAGUCGAGUACAAUAACGACCAGCAAAGACUCAGUUGCCUCUGUAGAUUGGGGUACAUCGUCAUUCGAUUGGUCCCAGAAUAGCAGACGUAUAGAGGAAGACAAAUUAGAAUUAAAUUGGGAUGAUGAUCCUGUCGACGACGACGACGCCGAUAGCCCUCCGAUGAGUAUGAAGCUUGACAGGAAAGAGGAAGAUAAUGCCGCGCCCAAAUUAGAUAACGAUAAUAAUGACGUUGCAAAGUCAGCUGGACAAUUGGAUAUUAUGGCGCAGCAGCUGAAAUUCGUGGCUUGCCUGAAAAUUCUAAUGGAAGAAUUGUCUACAUUAGCGACGGGUUUCGAAGUAGAUGGAGGUCAGCUGCGAUACCAACUGUACGUGUGGUUGGAACGAGAAGUGGAUGCACUGAGGCAGCUUUGCAGUUAUAGUACUAGUGCAGACGGAGAUGUAAACAACGUGUCGGAAUACGAUGGCGGUAUGGUCGACGAUGUACCUCCGUACAAGCCCGGCGAGCAACCAACGUUACAUCAAAUAUUAGUGGCGGAAAAGAUGGACUUUGAAGCUAAAGUACAGAGAGCUGCAAAGAGGAAGAAAUGGUUGAAAGCUAACGAGACAUUGCUGAGGACAUUGUUGUCAUACUGUUCGUUGCACGGUGCGUCGGGUGGCGGCCUAGCGUCAGUAAGGAUGGAAUUGGUGCUCUUACUACAGGAAUUGCAACAAGAAAAGACUCAACAACAAUUGCUCAGUCCCUUGCCCUUCCCCACCACGCUACCUCUGUUAAGCGCCAGUGUUGCCUGCAACAAAACCGUCGUAGCAGAUCCAGUUCGACAUCUGCAGUCUCUCGCGCAUGAUAUGCUGCAGACACUGGUAGAGCUACGCAAUCCGCCGAUGCCUAAUAGAAAUACACAUUAUUGCGAAGUAUUUAUUAUGAGAGACCUGGCAGUGGCACUUAGCGCCUGUAUCUACCAGUCUCUCUGUGACUCGGACACAUUCGUUAUGAAGCAUCAUCAACCGGAGAGUUUCCCAGCAGUCGCCGAAGUGGAAACGUUCUCGGGCGGUCAUUUGGUAGCCUCGAACAGGUAUCAUCGACGAUAUUCGACAGAUGACGGAGUAUGUAUAACCACUUCGCCUUCCAAGUGGCCGGGCGUGACUAAUUUACGCGCCCUGCUAGCUCGGGAGAAGGAUGAAGACACUCCGAAACUGAAUAUUUUGCUCUGCGAAGCGUUCGUGGCAACGUACAUGAGUCUCUUCAUCUACGCUCUGUCGAGUUGCGACAGUCACAUCUUAUAUAGACUGGUCGGGCAACACUUUGAUAAUAAUACAUGGUCUUGUCUCUUCGGCGGUGGAGUUAAGAAGCUGUUGCGCGUAGCAAGUACCAGCAGCCAGAGUGGCAACGCAAGCGGUGUCGAGCGGACUGACAGUGUGGCGAGUGAAAUCCAAAGUACCGCUAGCGGCAUGUGGAACACCAUGACGUCGUUGACGAAGCAACGCGUCAAGCUGAAUAUGAAACUAUUGGGUCAGUUUACGGGUCAACAACCAAACAUGAAGGAGGACAAACCUACGUAUAGGGAGCAAUUCGUGUCACCUCAAAUGAGCAUGAUUUCCUAUUUUCUCAUGAAGCCACACAUAGAGGACGAAUACGCAGAUGAAAUCGAUUAUGAUUCUUCUGACUCUGCUGUGUCGGAUUUAGAUUCUACAGAGGACGAGGAAGAUGUAUUCGACACGAAUUCGAAGCCAAAGAGCAAACCAAAGGAUAAUACGGAGCAUAGUAAUUCUAAUUCGUACAGUUGGAACAUAAUGAGACUGGCAAUAGUCAAAAUAUUGCAAGAACAAUUGCAAGACUUUCUGACAGUCGCCGGCAUAGAAAUGCAAGAAUUACCUGUAAGUAGUCCACUAAUUCACGGUACACUGGGCAUUGUCGCACAAUGGCAAGAUUCUUUGCGAGAGGAAUUGGAAAUCAAAGGUCCACCACCGGCCAAUUACAUUCCUGGCUGUGCACCCGACCCCUCUCCUACACCAGGGAAACCAGCUAUUCAUAAAUACCGAUCUUUGUUAGAAAAAGGGAACACACCAUUCAAUACACGACUGGCAUCCGCAGCGCCUGCCAAUCGUCUUUGGUGUUAUUUGGUUAGGCAAGAAUUGGUUCAAGAUAUCUUUAUUCGCGCGGUGUUUGGAAAACGAAGAUCAUUGUCAUCGAUACUCGAAAGUGCUCAGACAGUCGUGGACAGCGUGCACCGCGGAACUGGGGAAGAUAAGGGUAGUGACAGCGGUACUACGAGCUUGCCGGAACCAGUCAGGAUUAUUCAUAAAGAACAAGAUAGCAUCAGUGCCUUCUGUCUUAAUCAGGUAAACCCAGGUCUAAUGGCCCUUGCUACGCCUCGCGAGGUACAAGAGAUGAACAUUUCCCUGCUCUUAGAGCUUCCAUCGUGGUUGGAGGACGAAUGCGAAUUCGAUAUUAUUAACUUGAAUAAGCAACCUGAUCCAGAGCCUGUACAGCCAACCAGUUUCUUAGUUAUACAGACAGCAGCGGAUCGUCCUUUGUUGGCACAGAGUCCUCAGCCAAACAGUCCACAAACUCAAUCAGGUAUAGCCAGUCAGAGCGGACGUGGCGCGAGUGUGAUGAAGGGGAUGCCUGCUUUUCCUGGCUCCCACGACCUGCGUUUCUGUCAAUUUGUUGCCGAUAGGAGCAAACACUUGUUACAACCGAUCCUGAAGCACAAAAUCGACGGAAUCAGGAGGAUUUCCUCUCAUCCACUUCUACCAUUGUACUUAACCGGAUCACAGGACGGUUCUGUAUCGUUGUGGGAAUGGGGCCAUCAAACAGCGAUUGCCACCCCGAGGGCGCCGGGUACCUUCGCCAAAGUGACCCGCGUACGUUUCUCUCAGCAUGGCAAUAAGUUCGGCGUAGCGGAUUCUGAUGGCCAUUUGAGUUUGUUCCAAGUGGCAUGCCGCGAGGGAACGGCUCGACCAUUCUUUAAUUAUCAAUGCCACAGCAAAGUGACCGCAGAUUUCGUCUUUCUCGGCGCGUGCAGUCUCGUGGCUACCGCAGGUCAUGGCUCGGAGGGACGGAAUGUAGCAUUGUGGGAUACGUUACUUCCGCAGAACAAAUCUCUCGUGCAAGGCUUUAUGUGUCAUGAGCAAGGAGCCAGUUCGUUGAUCCUGGCGCCGCAGCAUCAGUUGUUGAUCAGCGGCGGCAAGAAAGGCGACAUUACUAUAUUUGAUGUGCGACAACGACAACAGAGGCAUAGAUUUCAAGCGCACGAAUCAGCUAUAAAGUGUCUAGCGCUUGAUCCUCACGAGGAGUUUUUCGCUAGCGGGGCAGGUGAUGGCGAUAUUAAGAUAUGGGCCUUGACCGUCCAUUCCCUGCUCUACUCAUUUCCCGCUGAACAUCCACGGUCCAGUUUCUUCAAGAAUAUAGGACAGGGAGUCACUCAGUUACACGUGGAUUCUGCGGGACGAUUAUUUUCGUGUGGAGCAGAUGGUUCUAUGAAAGUCCGUCAACUGCCAGAACGCGAUUGUGUAGUACAAGCGCUUUAUUAGGAUUACAAACAAAAAUAAUGAUGAUGAAAGAGAUAUGAAUACCGU